AUGUGUAUUAGUUUAGGUCAAACAAUUGGCAUUCAAUUAUUUAACCAGAGCCAAUCGCUAUCUACGAAUGAAUCUAGUCCAGAUAUCAGUAAUCAAACAAAGACAAUAGCUAUAAUAAAUGUUAACAAAACGGUUGAAAACGUUGAAAAGAGCGAAGUAGUGGUCAACCCUGUUAAAUUACAUACGAGCUUAAAAAUUAAUCCAGCUAUUAGCAAUAUACCCCAUGAGGGGUCCAAUCCAUGGGUAGCCGUCAUAUUGAAGAACAACUCGCAUCACUGCACCGGCAGUAUAUUGAAUAACCAAUGGAUCAUUAGUGCCGCUAAUUGUUUCACGUGUGUAUUCAACUCUAUUAACAUUACAUCAACUCUAAUACAGCAGUAUAUAACUACUCAGUUCCCAAAAGCACCCGGAAUGGCAGGAGCAGUUAUGAACUUGGACAAAAACGCCACCAUUUAUGGCAUAAGGAUUGGCAGCAUAUCUGUGUCGCUGCCGUUGCUCAUGUCCCACAACUUACCAAAAACCAUGUACGAAGAGCCCGUCAGGUCAUACCUGAUCACAGCCGGAUGGGGUCACAAACCAGUUUGCAAACUGACCGAGAACCGGGAGUUGGUCACCGAGUUUAAGUUGGAUAUUAUACAGCCCGGUGUGUGCGCUGAACCGAUAUUGGUCUGGCCCAAACUCCCGGGCAAUUCCGGCGGUCCGGCUAUAGAAUUUAGACACGAUCACCCAGUGCUGAUCGGAACGGUAUCCUACGCGGUUAAUUGUUCAGAUCAACACCCGCUUGUAUUCACUAAAAUAUCAUACUUUUUGGAUUGGAUUCACACCGUUAUGGAAGAGCAUAAAAAUCCAUUUAUUAAUAGACCAAAACUAAGUCAAACUAUUGAGAAAAAUCUUGUGGUUGCCACUUUUGGUAGUAAAUAUGAACAUGGGCUUGAGCUAAAUAUGACCAGUAUCACCGAGCACGAAGUCACGCCAGAUUUGCACAUUUUUAAAGCUACUCAAAAAAACGCCACAUUAGGCGCUCACCCCUGGGUUGUGGUGGUGUUGCAAAACAACCGACACCAUUGCACCGGUAGUAUAUUGAACGAUAAAUGGGUCAUGACCGCCGCACAUUGUUUCAAAUGGCUGAACUAA